AUGAAACCACUGCAACUGUCUAAUGAAAAUUUAUCAUCUGAAUUCACACAGUCAAACACGUUGGAGUCAGAUUCAACAGAUUGUUACGGUGUAAAUGUUUACGAAUUUCAAGAAGGAGAAGAUCUCUAUGGUCCUCGUACGCGUGGGUAUCAGAAACCGAAACAUAUGUGGAUGGCUAAAGACCAAGCCCUGACAAAUAUAAAGCCAAGUAGUUCUCCUCUGGCGGCGACAACGUUAGACUUUGAAAUCGAUUGUUGUACUAGCCAAGAAAGUCUCAAUCCUGUCGCAGCUAAUCAUAUGAGAUGUCCAUCACCAAAUAAUCUAAUAUACAACAUGGGAUCACCGUCUACAUCUGGCAGUGUCCAGGGUCUUUCGGCAGCCUUAUCAUCUUGUACUAAUACAAGCAGCAGUUUGUGUAGCCAUAAUUCCCCACUUAUUGGUCUAAAUGCAUCUGAAGUUACUAGCACGUGUACAAGUCCAAAUUUUAUUGAAAAUAAAACUGAAAAAUGUGUACCACUAACAUGUGAAAUAAACUCGAAUGUUGUAAAAAUCAAAGUGAGUGCCAAAUCAGCUCCCAAGAAGCGAACCAUGGGAAAAUUUUCUGAAAACAAAUUUGAACUAGGCCCUAGUAAUACUUCCUCAGUACCGGAUGCUAGUAACUCACAGUUGUCGAGUGAGAAGCAGUCUCAUACUCGUAGAAAUAGGCAACCUCAAGCUCGAAAUAGUCGGAAAUCUAAACGAAAGUCUGCUAAUGAAUUUUCGCCUUUCCAUUCAGUCCCAAGCCCUAAUGUACCAACAGACAGUUGUCUAUCUGAAUCUCCUACUUUGGCUGUGACAGAAACAUCGAAUCAAGAAUAUUCUGGCUAUACAUCUGUAUAUUCAAAGAGCUUGCCAUCUUCAUCGGCUUUUGUUUCUAGUGGACUAAAGAUCCGGCUUCGUAGGGAUUCAGCUGUAGAUUUCAGUAUUGGCAAAGGAAAACGCGCUAAAAGUAAGACAGCCCCAGCAACUUUUCGCAUAGUGGAAUCAUGGUGUGACGCAGAUGCUCCAGGAGGAGACCUUAGCAGACGAGUUCGAGGAGCUGCCAGUAGUUCUACUUCCCCUACCUUCAGUUUGGUGUCAGGCGGUUUACGCGUGGGUGAUAUUGUAUGGGCAAAACUUGCUGGUUAUCCUUAUUGGCCAUCACAGAUUAGUGCUAUUUGGGCUCGUACUGCCCAUCAACUUUCUCAGGCCACUUUACUUAAUACAUCGCAGUCUGUAGAUAACAAUACAUCAUCUUUGGCUGUUCUUCAGACUCCUUCAGAUCCAAGUUUAGCAACUGGUUACACUGCUCGUGUUGAUUGGUUAGCUUGGGAUCAGUGUUCAUAUUUAAGUUGUGCUAAGUUGUAUCCUUUUAAGGAGUCCUUCGAUAAACUUUAUAAUCCAAGAACCAGGGUAAAAGGUUAUGCAGAAGCUGUACGUCUUGCUAAGCAAAUUGUAAAUGGGACUUAUAUUCCCAAUGAGAAUAUAGAUUCGUCGCAGUUAUCCAAUAUGUCCCCACAAAAUAAAUCUCAGUCAUCAUCAUCAACUGGACAGAUAUCAGCACCUCCAAGUACCGACAGUCAGUGGUCGUCUAUGACAACUCUUUCUUCUUCCUUAGAAAUCCCGUCUUCAGGUACUACAACUAAUCAAAUGACUGACAAACAAAGUUUACCUUUACUGUCUGAUUUACUACCAGAUACUUUUAUUAUGUCAUCUCAGUUAAAUCCACUGCCUGCUUCAUUAUCCAAUGUUUAUUCUACUACUACUACUACCAAUGGUGGUGGAGGCAUACUUAAUUCAACAGAUGCAUUUUCAACUCAUAGUAAUAAUAAUUCAUGUCAUAGAAUAAUAGAUGAUAGAAACAUAGAACUACCUGAACUUGGAAAUAUUUCAAUGUGGGCACCUCUUCCUCAAUUGGAUGUUUCAGGUCUUGGCGUUUUUCAUGUGCCAACAUUUUCAGAAGAUGAAGAGGAUGAUGACUUGGAUACGUCUAUUGUUAAUCAGUUAAAAUUAGAUUUUGGUUCUUGUUUGCAAUAA